UGUCCACUGAAGUCUUUGGCCACUCGAACUAGAGCGAGGCAGGAAGAAGAUGGAGCAGCUUGAACUGAUGUUUUCUCACACACUCUCCCUUCCUCACCCUGGAACUACACAGCCCAGCGGCAAGAGCCACACUCUGGUGAUGUCAUCUCUGUAUGAACUAGAGGAGUGGAGAGAGGCCAUCCACAAACUCACCGGAGAUAACAUAGAAACGGUUCCUCCAGAUCUGCUCACCUUGACCAGCUCCUGUGUCAAACUGAGAAUGACCCAACAGCCUCCCCUACACAGCAUACUGCCUCAAAGUGAGGAGGAGUCUCUAUGUGGGACUCUCAGUGUAGCCAUUCACUCUGCCUGUGGAUUACAACAGCCAGCCAGUGUGUAUGUGUGUUUGGAGGUGGAUGGCUUUGAGUUCUAUGAGAGCCAAGCCCAGACCCAUUCCUCUGUCAGCAGCCUCAGCCCUCACUGGGACCAGGAGUUCUCAUUCCAGGUGGAUGGGGCUCAGAACCUCAGGGUGCUGGUUGUGUUACAGCCAGAGGUAGGAAAGAGCUGUGAGGGCCGAGUCCUUGGCAAGACCUCCAUGCAGCUGGACCCAGCCCUCCUACAGAAGCGAUGGAGGAGACAGACCGUAUCUCUAGGCCAGGUGGUUGUGACUCUGUCUCUAAAGUACUACCCUCACCCUCUAGACCGGCCCAGUCUGGCCCCCGCCCAGCAACAGCGCAUCUUCUGCAUGCCCAUUGGAGCUGUGGCACAACAGGAGGGAGUCCUGGUGCCACAUGUGGUGCGUUGCUGUGUAGAGGAGGUGGAGAGGAGAGGAAUGGAGGAGGUGGGCAUCUACAGGCUAUCAGCAGCUACCAGUGACAUCAACAACCUCAAGACUGCCUUCAACACCAGUCUGCGUGAGGCAGUGUCCAGGUUGAGGUGUGUAGAUGUGAAUGCUGUCUCAGGUAUACUGAAGCUCUACUUCAGAGAACUCCCUGAACCUCUCAUACCAACAGAACUGUUCCAGAGCUUCACCAAGGCGUUGGACAUCCCAGACCUGAGCUCCAGGAGUGUGUCCAUGUUGUCUCUGCUCCAGUCCUGUCCCUCCGUCAACCAAAACACCUUCCUGUUCCUCCUCCACCACCUCAAACGAGUGUCAGAUAGACAGGAUGUGAACAAGAUGCCUCUAAUGAACCUGGCCACUGUGUUUGGUCCCAGUCUACUGCGCCCCCCUGUGGCUGUUCUGGGGCAGAGCAGCCCGCCAGUGGACAUUUCUCAGGAGGUGGUGGUGCAGGUCCAGGUUGUGUAUUCCUACCUGCAGUGUGACAACCUGCCAGCAGCCCAGACCUGCAUACCACAUGACACAGCGACCACUGAGGAGGAUUAGACAACAAGUGAACCAACUCCUGGAAACAUCACGGUUGGCCAACAGAAACUCAGGGGAGAAAGAAAGAAGACUUGUAAACUACAGACACUGUAAAGAUUAAAUGUAUUUAUUUGGGUUGACA